CACGGCGUCUUCUCGACGGACACAGACGACUACUUCGUGGAGCCCCUGUGGAACCACACCAACCUGGUCGGGGUGGAAGGUCAUCCGCAUAUAGUCUACAGCAGAUCCUCUCUGAAGCUUGAAGAAACUAGAUACUGUGGAGUUCAGGAUUACAAGCGUCGGAAAUACAACAAAUGGUAUCGCAAGCGUCCAGCAAAUAAAAACGAAGUACUCAAACCGGCAGAACUGUCUGCAUUUUGGGAAUGGAGGCCGCAAAAGUUAUCAAGACGACCCAAGCCAAAGCAGCGAAUGAAAAGAUCGGUCAGCACAGAGCGGCAUGUGGAGACCCUUGUUGUCAUUGACAAGAAGAUGUUGGACUAUCACGCCACCAACGAGCCUGAAGGCAGCACUGCAGCACUCACAACAUACGUGCUCACUAUCAUGAAUAUUGUGGCAAAACUGUUUCAUAAUCCGACCAUCGGCAACGCCAUCAACAUCAUCGUCACACGCCUUGUUGUCAUCACAGCCGAGCAG